AUGGUCGCAACACAGUCCAGCUUCGACCCGCACGCUGUGGACCUGCAAACCCUCACCGGGUGUGCGGCAGGCGGCGUUGCCGAAGCGCGAUGUGACGAUGCCGCGGACGUGUAUGACGACGCGGCCCGCGGCAUCUGCGACCAGCUGAAGAAGCUCGACCUCGGCGGCGGCAACCACCCCACCAAGCGCCCGGCCCCCGCCCCUGCUGCACCGCCCUCGCCCUCCCCCGCCGCCCCCGCCCCCGCGGCGGCGGCCGGAGCCGCGCCCCCCGCCGGCCCCCUGCCUAGCCUGGAUUUGGCAGGCGUGGCGCAGCUGAUCCUGAGUGGCCGCGCGCGCAACAUCGUGGUCAUGGCCGGCGCGGGCAUCAGUGUGUCUGCUGGGAUUCCAGAUUUCAGGACCCCAGGCACGGGGUUGUACAGCCAGCUGCAGCGGUACCGCCUGCCAUACCCCGAGGCGGUGUUUUCCAUCGACUUCUUUCGGCGCGACCCGAAGCCCUUCUAUACUCUUGCAAAGGAGCUCUUCCCCGGCGGCUACGCGCCGACGCCGGCCCACUUUCUGCUGCGCCUGCUGUCGGAGCGCGGCCUGCUGCUGCGGGUGUUCACUCAGAACAUUGACGGACUGGAGCAGCUGGCUGGGGUGCCAGCGGACAGGGUCGUCGCUGCGCACGGCAGCUUUGAUUCUGCGCACUGCAUCGACUGCAAGCGGCCGGCCAGCAUGUACGCCGUGCAGGCGGCGGUGUACGACGACGGCGUCUGCGCCUGCGACGCGUGCGGCGGGCUGGUCAAGCCCGACAUCGUGUUUUUUGGAGAGCCGCUGCCGGCGCGGUUCCACCGGCGGCGCGCGGAGGACAUGCCCCGGGCUGACCUGCUGAUCGUGAUGGGCACCAGCCUCGUGGUGCAGCCGUUUGCGUCCAUGAUAGGCGACGUGGCACCCGACGUGCCGCGCCUCCUGAUCAACCGGGAGCGCGUCGGACACAGCCGCGCCGCAAAGGCGCUCGAGCGGCGGCGGCGCGAGGAGGAGGCGCGGCGGAAGCUGCGCGCUUGCGCCAGCGGCGGCGGCGGCGGCGGCAGCCCGUCCCCGAGCGGUGCCAGCGAUGAGGCGAACAACGCAGCCGGCACGGUCUCCGACGACGACGCCGCCCGCCCGACCGCCGGCGCCGGCGCCGACGGCAUUGACAGCGGCUGCGAGAGCGACGUGAGCGGCAGCAGCGACAGCAGCAGCGGCAGCGGCGCGAGCGGCGGGUUCGACUUUGGUCUGCCGCACAACGCGCGCGACGCGAUGCACCUGGGGGACGCUGACGUGGCGGCGCGCCAGCUGGCGGCGCUGCUGGGCUGGGGGGAUGAGCUCAAGGCGGCGAUCGCGGCUGGCGCGCAGGCGCGCGCGGCGGCGGCGGCGGCAGAGGAAGAGGAGAAGGAUUAG